CUUACCCCGAGGAAGAAGACGCUUUAUCCUUACCUUUAACAGGAAUUUAGCAACGUAGAUGGCGGCUUCAAACAAGCAGCUGACGUCGUUUUUCAUAGAGGACAUUUUAUCCUUAAAAGAGGGUAAAAAAGAUGACUCCUGCAAAUCUGAGAGCGACAGAGCCGACAGCACAGACGGACGAACAGACUCGGAGGAUGUGUCGGUUUGUCGGAGCCCUGAGGAUAGAUCAGAGUCGUCCGCGGAUUUGGCGGGAGGCGGCGGCGGUGGCGGGAAGAAGAAGCGGUCUCGCGCCGCCUUCACGCACCUGCAGGUGCUGGAGCUCGAGAAGAAGUUCAGCCGCCAGCGCUAUCUGAGCGCGCCCGAGCGCACGCACCUCGCCAGCGCGCUGCACCUGACGGAGACGCAGGUGAAGAUCUGGUUCCAGAACAGGAGAUAUAAAACCAAGCGGAGGCAGCUAACGACAGACUUUCAGAAACCCGACGCCACGGCUGGAGCUACAGAGGAGGACUUCUUCAGAGCUUCGCUUUUAGCGACGGUCUAUAAAUCAUAUCCAUACCGGCCUUACGUGUAUGACUUACACGGACUGAGUGUAUGGAGACCAGCACUGUGAUGAUAUUAGGGACAUAAGCAUGGACUUUCUCAGAUUAUUGUGAAUAAUAUUCUUUAUUAUUAUGGUGAUUUUUUUUAAGUAUUGUACAGCUUUGUAUUCUGUGAAAUUGAAUAUUUUUAUUAAAGGUGCAUAUGUGUGUGUUGCAUCAUGAGCUACAGGCUCAAACUAUUGUGGUCACUCCAAUGAAAUUUUUUCAAUCAUCCUAA